CCACUACUCCUUGUUCUGUCUCCAGUGAAUGCAUCUACUUGUGCAAUGGGAAAUAAAACAACAGAAAUCCGUGUGAAGUAUGAGAAUAUACUAAGUCACGACAUCAAUGAGCUGGUAAAUAUGUCUGCAGAGAAUUAUGACUCGUGCUGCAGGAAGAGAAAAUAUGAAAAUAUCAAAGUGUUUUUCUGCAAUGAUACUGAGGAAAUAGAAUCACUACAGAGCAUGGCGUGCAACAUGCUCAGGUUCUUUUAUAAGCAGAGGAUCAACAAAGCCUUUAGACAGAAAGCAGCAUUUGUCUCAUGUGGGACAUUACAAGUUCUACAGUGUAAAUGUGAAAGACGUAAAAAAGAAAAGGUUUGCUCAGAUGUAUUUAGUUUAGAAGAUACAGAGACAGGUGAACAGUCCAAAAAGAAAUGUAACCAAGAAGUUUGUGAACUGAAAGAAAAUAUAUCUAGCCUUCGAUCCUGCUGGAAUAAAUUUGAAAAAAUAAUUUCCAGGUGAUUCCAGGUGAAUCCUGCUCUUUUCUUUCAAAGUGGCAUUACUUGGUACCUUUGCAUUUUAUAUGCAUUCUUCAAGUAAACUUGCUCGCUUAUAUGAACACUUUAUGCCAGAAUUCUGAUGAGAGGCUACUGUACCCUGUUCCUGGAGAUGACAGAAGCAGAAAUGGCUGAACCAAGCUGCUGAAGUCUGAGAAGUGAAAAUAGAAGACCAGCAUUUGAAAAAAAGAACUCUGCAGAAGGUCUGUGUCCACCUUUUGUGCUCUGGAAACUACCCUGAAUUUUCCGAUUCUUCGAGUAACUUUAUAGUACUGUCAUAUCAAAGCAGCCACUUACAUGUCUACUGGAUUUUACAAAAAAACCAUGGAAUCUGCAGGUGAAGAAAAAAAGAGUAUGAAAAAGUAGCUGGUUUCUUUAUAUCUAUGCAAAACACACCAAGGACCAAAAGUAACAAUUUACCAAAGCAGCAGAUUAUCUUGGAUAUGUUCUCCUCACACAGAAGUGGUUUUGGUAUGGGUCCGAUGAGUCUGCUAACUGAUUUGGGUUUGGAAAAACAGGGAAAAAGUUAGCUUUUUGAAAAACUGAAGAAGGGUACUGAUUUUUGAGAGAUGCAGCAUGCCUCUGCUGGCUGAAGCACAGGCAAGACUGAAUCCUGUGGAAGAAGAAAAAGAUGCCUGAAUGUAAGUUGUUCAGUUGACUGGAAACAGCACUACACUCAUUCAUUUUAUCAACCCAGUGUUAGCUGCAGGAGGAGCUAGAAUUCCUUAGCUUCAGAUUGUGAUUUCUUAUAUACAAAUAUUUUAUGUAACAUGUUUUAAGAUGUUAG